UACAACCUCCGCUGGGCUUCUAGUUUGUUGGCUACCACCGGUGUGGGGGUUCGUGCGUGUGUAUUUGUGACGGUCGUGUUCCCCAAACCCAAAAACCCCAUAAAAAUUAUAUAAACAUUUUGGGUGGACCGCGGAAGCUGGAGGAGGAGAUUGAUUGUUUCGAUUGAAAGGAUUAAAUUGCAUUGAACGCAGUCGAUUGAAGCAGAAAAGGAAGAAGAUUUUGGCGAUGGGGGAUGCCAAGAGGAACACUUCUUCUUCUUCUUCCGGCAGUGACGAGGAGAUACGAGCACAAGUGGCCAAGGUGGUGGAGGAGGUGAAGGAGCUGCAGGACAAAGCUGCUUCCUUUGUAUCCAGAGCCGCCACCGACGAGCAAUCCCUCCGCCAGCGCGCCCAAUCUCUCGAUUCCUCCAUCCGCCGCCUCCGCUCCCAGCUUUAUUCACUGCUUUCCAGCAAGGCCUUGGAUCCCAAGUUAGCAGAAAAGCUGGAAGAAGAUUUGCAGAGGGCCACAUGUGUGUUGGUGGAUGGCGAGGCCGCUUCGUUUCAUCCUGGGAAAUCUCAGGGAGGAGGGUUUCUAAGGAUGUUUCUCGGUCCUAUCAAUGUGCGUUCCUCUAGCAAAGAUAUCCAACUCAAGGUUAAAGAGGAAUACAACGCUUACAGAGAUAGAACUGCCCUGCUAUUCCUUAUUUUUCCAGCAACACUACUUAUACUAAGAUCUUGGAUUUGGGAUGGAUGUUUGCCAGCGUUUCCAGUUCAGGCUUACCAGGCAUGGCUGUUAUUCCUCUACACUGGUUUGGCCCUGCGAGAAAACAUACUGAGAGUAAAUGGAAGUGAUAUUCGUCCAUGGUGGAUAUACCAUCACUAUUGUGCUGUGUUUAUGGCCCUUGUUAGUCUCACAUGGGAGAUUAAAGGACAACCAAAUUGUUCCCAAAAGCAGAGAGGUGUGCAACUUUUCCUACAAUGGGCUAUGAUGCAAGGAGUUGCUAUGCUUUUACAAAAUAGAUAUCAACGCCAGAGACUCUAUACUCGAAUUGCAUUGGGAAAGGCCAAAAGAAUGGAUGUGGUCUGGGGAGAAACAGCGGGCGUAGAUGGUCAAUUGUGGAUUCUAUGUCCAAUACUAUUUGUUUUACAGGGUUUUGAGGCAUAUGUCGGAAUACAGUUGCUCACAACUGCUUUUAUUGGCGUUGUUUCGGAAUGGCAGGUGAGUUUUUGCGGCGUGCUGUUAGUUUUAAUGGCAGUUGGGAACUUUGUAAAUACGGUACAGACGCUUAUGGUGAAGUCGAGGUUUAAGGCAAAGAUGAAAAGAAGUAAGAGCAAGCAGGAUCUGUAGUAAGGAAGGGCCGACCCCAAUCGGUAGGAUUAAUCUCCCUGGAGCAUCAUAGGAACUCAUUUUUGUAAUUUUUUUCUGUUUACUAAAAGUUGUUUCAACACUGGUAGCGAAAAUUGCCUUUCGUUUUGAGCUUUUUAUGAAUGUAGAAUUGAUUACUUUACGAGUUUGGUCUGGUCUUGAGUUAAUUGUUUGUACACAAAAAUGUUCGGUAUAUGGGAUUUACAUGCAUCUACAGUUGAAAGUCAA